AUGUCUUCGUCUGCCGAGCGGUUCCAUCCGAGGUACUUCCCGGCCAUCACUGAGCGUCGCUCCAUGGUGGCUCGAAAGGGCUCAGCACCGUCGCUGCACCGCACCGCUGGCCGGGCUGCUGCUACUGCUGCGACGUUUGUGCGGCCGCCGCGCGCCUCGCCGGCUGCUGUGCCCGCGCCCGCGAGCUGCGGCACUGCGGGUGCACUGGAACAGGCGCCUCCUGCUGUUGCUGCCGUGCCGUGCGCGCGUGGCACUGGACUGCCGACGGUGGGCGCGGUGCCGGUGCUGUCGCUGAACUGCGAGGCGGAGCGCGGGUGCGCUGGCGUGGCGCCUGCGACGGUGGCCGCGACGAUGGCGCCCGCGGUGCACGUGGCGGCGCCGGUGGCGCAGCCGGUGUGUGGGACGCGCAGGCUUUCGGCGAUGCCUGCUGCCGCGCUGGUGGAGGCGUUCAGGGCGACGUGCGAGGGGCACGUGGCGGACGUUGCGUGCACGCCGCAGGGCAAGACGCUGCUGCAGGCGGCGCUGCCGACGCAGCGGUCGGAGGUGCUGGACUCCGUGGUGACGGAGCUGUGCCCGCGGCUGCGCGACGUGGCGGUGGACGUGCACGGGUGCCACGUGCUGCGGACGCUGGUGGAGGCGUGCACCGCGGAGCAGACUGAGGCGCUGAUCGGCGCGAUGCACGCGUCGGUUGUGCUGAACAUGUGCACCACGUCGCAGUACACGCGGCGCACGCUGCAGUCGCUGUUCGAGCGGCGCGAGGUGGACCUGUCUGCGGUUGUGCACGUGCUUGCGGACAACGCGGGGUACCUUGCGGCGACGCAGCAGGGGUGCAUCUCGCUGAUGCGCGUGUUCGAGCUGUGCGACGCGGCACAGAAGGCGGAGCUUGUGCGCGAGCUGCUGCCGAAGUUGGCUGCGCUGUCGAUGGAUGCGUUUGCGAACUACAUGGUGCAGUGCACGAUCGAGCACAGCGAUCGCACGACGGCGGCGCAGUACGGUUGUGACCCACUUCACCGGCAACAUAUUGCAGAUGAGCUGCAAC